AAACAGUCGUGUUUUUGUGUUCUGCCUCUUUUUUUCCAAAAAAUUCAAAGUUUCUCAUUAAAAUUUCAGUUUUCAUCGCAAAUAAUGUCAAAAAAUUAAAGAAUCAUCAAAAUCAUGUCGGAAUUAUAUCAAAAGGACAUCAAAGUAUGGAUUCCGGAUCCGACGCGUGUUUGGCAAAGUGCGACGAUCCAAGAGCCGUUCCGGGAGGGCGACAAAGUGCUGAAACUGCUUACGGACGACGAUGGCAUCGAAAAAGAGCUGCAAAUCGCCAAUUUAGAGAAAGAUUUACCGCAUUUGAGGAAUCCGAGUAUCCUGAUUGGCCAAAAUGAUCUCACGGCGUUGUCAUAUCUGCACGAACCCGAUGUCCUGCAUAACCUGGAAGUGCGUUUUUUGGGCAAACAAACAAUUUACACGUACUGCGGCAUAAUUCUGGUCGCCAUCAACCCUUAUCAAGACCUCCCGUUAUACGGUUUGGACAUAAUUCGAGCGUAUCGAGGUCACAAUAUGGGCGAAUUGGAGCCGCAUAUCUUCGCCAUAGCCGAAGAAGCCUUCGCAAAGCUCGAACGCGAAAAAUCCGACAUCAGUAUAAUCGUCAGCGGGGAAUCAGGAGCCGGGAAAACGAUGUCCGCUAAAUAUGCGAUGCGUUAUUUCGCUGCUGUGGGCGGAAAUGACUCACAAACUCACAUCGAACGAAAAGUUUUGGCCAGUAGCCCGGUUAUGGAAGCAUUUGGCAACGCAAAAACCACGAGGAAUAAUAAUUCCUCACGUUUUGGGAAAUUUACUCAACUCCUUUUCACGAACGAGAUGAGUGUAAUGUCCCUCACGGGUGCCACGAUGAAAACUUAUUUGCUGGAAAAGUCCCGCGUUGUCUUCCAAUCGCCCGGGGAGCGAAACUACCACAUUUUCUACCAACUUUGCGCCUCAAAAUCCGACUGGAGUGAACUUUUGCUCGACGAUUGGGACAAAUUUACGUUUUUAAAUCAGGGAAAUGCGACUCAAAUUGCUUCGGAUCCCACCGAUUUUCAAGAUACAAUUAAUUCUCUGAAGACUUGUGGCUUCGACGUCGACGCCAUUAAAGACAUCAUGCACGUUUUGGCGGGAAUUUUGCAUUUAGGCAACAUAAAAUUCGUUUCUUCAGGCCGAAAUCAGUCCGGGGGCGAACACGAAGACGCCUGCAACAUCGCCGUAAACGACCUAAGCCUCAGCGUUUUAUGCGAUUUGCUUCAAAUAAACAAGAAAGACCUCCGAAAAUGGCUCAUUACACGUCAAAUCGACUCGUAUAACGAACAAGUCCUGAUCCCGCAUAACAAACAUGCGGCAGAAACAGCUCGUGAUGCCUUGGCAAAGCACAUUUACGCGAAACUUUUCGAUUUUAUCGUGCAAAUCAUCAAUCAGAACCUCGUUUCGGACGAGAAACAAGACGCUUUCAUCGGAGUUUUGGACAUUUAUGGCUUUGAAACUUUUGAAACGAACAGUUUUGAGCAAUUUUGCAUCAAUUACGCCAAUGAAAAGCUCCAGCAGCAAUUUAAUCAGCACGUUUUCAAGCUGGAACAGGAAGAAUAUCUCAAAGAAGGCAUCGUCUGGACCAUGAUUGACUUUUAUGACAACCAACCAUGCAUCAAUUUGAUCGAAGAACGCUUGGGAGUGCUCGAUUUACUCGACGAGGAGUGUCGCAUGGUCAACGGAAGUGACGAAACGUGGCUCACAAAGCUCUACGAGAAAUGCCCGAAGUACGAACACUUCGCGAAACCCCGUUUUGGGCAACAAGCCUUCGUAAUUAAGCAUUUUUCGGACACCGUGCAGUACGAAUCGCGUGGAUUUGUGGAAAAAAAUCGCGAUCACGUGUCGAAAGAGUUGGUAGGCGUAUUACAAAUGUCCGAUAUGCCGUUUUGUCGUCAACUGAUGUGCUUGGAAUCGCUUGAAAAUAACAAUAAAAAAGAAAAUUCACUUUCGCCGACGAGUCCGGGACAGGAAAAAGUCGUAAUUCGAGCGAAAUACGCGACACUGACGAAACAACCGCAGAAAAAAACCGUCGGAAGUCAAUUUCGGGAGAGCCUUUCUUCGUUAAUUUCGACUUUGAGUCGGACAACGUCGCAUUAUGUGCGGUGCAUCAAGCCAAAUGAGGAAAAAGCGCCUUUUAAAUGGGAGCCCCAGAAAAUUGUUCAACAAUUACGAGCCUGCGGGGUCUUAGAAACGGUUCGAAUUUCAGCAGCGGGAUUUCCAUCACGUUGGUCUUACGAUCGCUUCUAUGAACGCUACCACUUGCUAUGUAAACACGCCGAGAUGGUACUUUCAGACUGGAAUAUCAAGGAAAUUUCCGUUAAAAUUGUCAAAAGAUGGAUUCGAGACCCGGAAAAAUAUCGCUUUGGAAAAUCUCAGAUUUUUUUCCGGGCUGGGCAAGUAGCGUUCCUUGAACAAGUUCGAACUGACCUCAGAAAACGCUCGAUAAUUCUCGUUCAAGCUAAUAUCCGGAGAUUUAUCUACAAAAAACGCUUCGAAAAAAUAAAAAAUACAAUUUUGGGGCUCCAGCGAUAUGGAAGAGGCUUCAUGGCGCGAGAAAAAGCAAGAGAAUUGAGACAAACUCGCGCUGCGAUUACCAUUCAACGCUAUUUCCGGGGCUGGAAAUGUCGAAGUCGCUUCAUUUCCGCGAAAAAAACCAUCUUGGGACUUCAAACCCGAGCUCGAGGACUGCUGGUUAGACGAAAAUUCAAAAUUUUGUUGGAUAAUUUCAAGGCAACGCAAGUUCAGAGGUACUGCAGAGGCUUUUUGGCACGUCAGGCAUUCGCGAAACGACAAAAAAGUAUAAUUAUAGUGCAAUCGUUGGUCCGGAGGUUCUUGGCGAAGCGACUUUUGAAGAAGCUAAAAGCUGAGGCGAGGUCCAUAACUCACAUUCAGAAGCUUUAUAAGGGAUUGGAGCAGAAAAUAUUCGAACUGCAACAACGAAAUGACACUUUGACGAAGGAAAAUCACGGAUUGAAGGCUCAGGUGAAGGAUGUGCCGGAACUUAAAUCACGUCUCGAGCACAUGAGAAAUUUAGAAAACGAAUUAAAAAGCACGAAAAAUAUUUUGAGUGAAAAAAAUGUGACUUUGGAGGAACUUCAGAGUGCCUUGCAGAAAGAACAGGACGAAAAAAUGGACAUUUUACAGGAAAAACAAAAAAUUGAGGACAACUUGAGGGACGAAAAGCAACAAUGGAUUGCCGAAAAAGACGAAUUGUAUCAAAAAUUGGAGAUUUUGACGACAAAUCGGGAAGACUCGCCCUCGACGAAACGCAGCAAAAUCAUGUUGAAUGUCGAUAACAACGAAAUUCACAACGCUUAUCAGAAGUCGGUGAAAGAUAAGGAAAAUUUGGAGAACGAAAACGCAUCGUUGAAAGUUGAGGUCAAGCGACUUCAGUAUAUCUUGACGCAUCCAAAUGAGCUUGAAGUUUACUCAAAGUCAAUUAGUAACACGUCGAAUGAUGAUUCCUUGGAGUCGAAGAGAUCUUCCAAUUUGUCCGAUAUUCAUUUGUAUGAAAAUCAUCGGGAUAAAGUUGCUCACAAAGAUGCCACAGCGAUAAUUUUGCGUUUAAGGAAGCUGUUGGAAGAGGAAAAAAGUCGCGGGGAGAUUUUGAGGAAGGAAAUUGGGCGGUUCAGGGAUAAAACUAAUUCGAAAAUUACGGUUGCUGACAUUAUUAGACUUUCCGAGCUCGAAGUCGAAAACGAAAAGCUCAAACAAGACUACCAACUGCUCCGCAACAGCAUCGAUCGCGACGUUGCCGGCUUGGAACUCGAAAAUCAGUAUCAAACUGUCAUCCACGAACUUGCCCGCAGUCGCGAAGAAGUCGUGCAACUCAAAGCGAUCCUCGCACAACAAAGUGAAUCGCUCCGUUCGCUCUCGCAACCCUCAAAUCGCGUCGAUGUCGAACGCGUUUACGACGAAAAUGAGCUCGUCGAGGCAUUCCAAGCACAAAAACUGGUCAACAAGCAACUGGAGCUCGAACUGAAAGCCUUAACGGAGGAACAAAACGCAAAAUUGGUCGAACUUCACAAGCAAAUUGACGAUUUAACGACAGAAAAAACUCGUUUGCACGCAAUUUUGCACGAGCAACUCGACGCAGUGACGGGCGACAGCGAAAAUGAUUCUUUUGAAGAAAUUUUGCGGCAAAAUAAUUAUUUGCGAUGCGAAGUCGAGAGAUCGGCGGCGAGUUAUAUCGAGAUUCAGGAACAAAUGAACGAGUUACAGGCACGUUUGAACGAGUUAACGAAGCAAAAUAAAAUGUUGCUGCAUGUCAUCAAGGAAAAUGGACUAAAUGACCCCACGGCAGCGGCAAAACCGGAAAAUGAGCAAAAUAAUUUGCUGGCAGUGAAGAAAAAGGCACAAAAUUAUCAAGGAAUUUUCAAAUAUCGCCCCGAAGACGAACCGAAAAUCCUUCAGAGGCUCGUUCAUGACUUGAGUCCUCGCACGGCGCUGACUCUAGAUCCCGGAUUGCCCGCUUUUAUCAUCUUCAUGUGCAUCCGGUACACGGAUUUAGUGAAUGCCGAUCAACAUGUGCGAACGCUUUUGAGCCAAUUUGUCCUCGCCAUCAAGAAAAUUUACAAAUUUAUGCAUUCCGUCGAUCAUCGGGUCUUGUGGAUCGUCAAUGCCAUCACACUUUUGAACCUUUUAAAGCAAUAUGGGGGUGUCGAAGAGUACCUUGCCUUUAACAGUGCCACACAAAACGAGCAACAACUGAAGAAUUUCGACCUUUCCGAAUAUCGUUCGGUCAUUUACGAAGUAAUUCUCGCCGGAUAUGCCGUGCUAAUUCGCCAAAUUCAAGCCAUAAUUAAGCAAUUCAUAGUGCCUGCAGUGCUGGAUCACGACGAAAUGUCGCGAGGACUCAACCGUUCGCGAACUAAAUCCUUGGAAGCGGCAAGUCCGACAUCGCCGACCGAGCCAAAGUCACUCAUUAAACAUCUCGACAGCGUUUAUCAGAAAUUGAAGUAUUUUGGGCUCGAUCCGUGUUACAUCGAGCAGUUUAUAACGCAGCUCAUGAAGUAUAUUUGCGCCGUUGCCAUGAAUAAUUUGAUGUUGCGCCCCGAAAUUUGCAUGUGGAAGACGGGAAUGAGGAUUCGGUAUAACGUGAGUUGCUUGGAAGGAUGGAUUCGGGAGACGCAGUUGUCGAAAGAUGUGCUGAAUCCGUUGCAACCGCUCAAUGAAGUCGCUCAAGUGUUGCAAGCGCGAAAGUUGGAGGAGGAAGACAUUGAAUCGCUGUGCGAAUUGUGCCCUCAUUUGACGGCAGGACAAGUUUUGAAGAUCAUAAAAUCCUACACCUCAGACGACUGUGAAAAUUCAAUCAAACCCGCAUUUAUCGAAAAAUUGGCAGAUAAGCUCAAAAGACGUCCCGGAAACCUCGCUGACGAAACCUUCGCCAUUGACGAGAACGCAGUUAUCGGACUUGCUGUAGUCUAUAAACAGAGCGAUAAAAAAUUAGAAGAAAUUGAAAUCCCAAGCGGAUUGCAACUAGAUGGCCUUUUAACGAAAAUUUAAUCGAAACGAGCUUAUUGCCUUCUUCCUUUAUAUCAAGAAUUUACAUAUUUGUAUAAAAAAAACAUUCCUUAAAAUUUGCUCCAAAAUUGGCAGUGAAUGAAACGAAAAACGUACUUUGUUAUAAUUUAUAAAAAAAAAUAAUUAAUUUAUAUUUGUAGAAAAUUAUAGAAAGAAGUAUUUAUAUAUUUAUAUUUUUAAAUAUUUAAAAAAAAACUUAAAAAUAAAAACAUUCCGUUCCAUGUUGUAGAAAAAAAAUCUACAACUGCAAUGAAAUUCAAGUACCUAAUCUAAAUAUCGCAGCUUUGCUCCUUAAAAUGAGAUUUCUAAAUAAUUAUUGAGCAAAAAAAACGUAUUCCUGUUAAAAAUGUAUUAUUGUUAUAAAAUUUAAAAUUAAUGUUCGCAAUAUAA